GGUAUUGAACACCGAACGCAUGACCGCGUCGAAGCACCGGUACUUACCAGACGACAAUUCCUUCGGCGAUUGUAGACAGGGAAUAAUGCCAUAAACUCUUCAUACACUACGGUACAAACCACAGUCUGCGCAAACGAGAAGAAGCAGCGGAGCCAACUGCAUUUUCUCCUCGCAAUCCCGACUCGUCAGGAGACAGCAGAAUCAUACUACAGUCCAACAGCAGCAAACUUUAUCGCAGAUUGUAAACCAAACUAUGGUUUCUUCUCGCCCAUACAUCCGUUAUCAUGGCUCACCGCUUUUUUUCAUGAUCAAAAAUAUCCUCUUUUUCGUUUUGGUUUCGAAUGGUAUAGAAAAGGCCCAGUCGUUUUCUGUUCGUCCCCUCCAUCCACCCUCAACGAGAAGCUACACCGGUAAUGACUCUUUACUGAACGCGGUCAACAGCAAAAGCAUAGUGGCCGUAACGGAUUCAAAUUACAAAGAACUCUUUUCGGGAGAGAAGUUUUUGUUGUUGGAUGCAUGCGCUCAGUGGUAAGAAAAAGUAUGACGAACAAAGGAUUUUCGUACACGUUUUAGUGAAGACCAACGAAACACUGAGCGACAAUCACAUUUUUGUACUUACGCAUACAUGUUUGGUCUUCGCCUUGCUAUGUGGUCCCACAUCGCUGAUAUCUCAAAGGUGCGGUCCCUGCAAACUCAUCGAGCCGUUGCUGGAGCAGUGCGCCCGGGAUUGGAAGGACACGUUGGUGGUGGGGAAAUUUGAUGUGGACGGUGCAAACAGCGAGAGCAGGGAUCUCAAGGUCGAACUGAUUUUGCAGGGGGCGAUGCCAAAGGCAUUGCCGGCCUUGAUUCUGGUUCACGACAACAAGAUAUUGGAUUCUUGGAAAGGAUUGAUCAGUCCGGCGCAGUUGCAAGACAUGCUGGCAAAACAUGUCAAGAACGGCACCAAAACAAAAGACAACAACCCGGUGGCAACGAAGCCACGCCCGUUCCGUGGGAUUAGUUUCUUCAAUGAAUCGAUGGCUCUUUAGUGAGAACAAAGGACGAAAUUCAACAGUAUUGCAACUACAGAGAUUUGCAUGUGCCCACUUUGCACGUUAUGCAAGCAUUUUGUAACGCAACACGAUUCUCAUACCUUCCUCUUUCGAAAAAGAAAGUCUCAAAAUUUUCGGUGUGCCGAUAGGAUCGCAAGAACGAAUAAUUCUAAAUAAUGUCCGAGGAAGAGGCACUGUCGCAUUGGGUUGUUUUCACAGGAUAUACUAAACCUGCACAAAGAAUUGUUACUUAUUUCUGUGAUCGACUCGAAAAUAGUAUUUUAAGGUCCGCAAUUUGUCCAUUGCAGAUGCCUAAUGUAACCAAUGCCAUCUAGUGAAGAAGAAAGUUUAUUGAAGAUCUUCGUGGCUGAUACUGAGCUAAUAAAGAUUGUUGUCAAUU